AUGCUCAGGAUAGGAGGGUCGGCGAGAGCCAAAGAAAGGCUAGUGAACGAACUCACUUUUGAGUCGAUUACAAAGAAUGGCCCUGACAACUCACGCCAUUGGUGCCCUCUCAUCUGCCCGUGUCAUGUCUACUGCUUUGUGCCCGGUUGCAUCAUGAAUCGGCCCCCAGCGGGGCCAGGUCGACAUUCCCGUCUGGACAUGCCGACAAGCUUAGCUUGCGUACAGGAAAAGAACAAUCUCUCACGGACCUAUCGUAUCUGCUGCUUUUUCCCAUCGCCCUGCCACUGGCCCAACUUCUCCGACCGUCCAAUCAACACCAACUCAGAAUUGUCCCAGUCCCCCGAUCGACCAAUAGCACGCCAACAGGGCUUUACGCUCACAGCUGAUUGGUCCAUAGCGAUGGCGACACAGGCAGGCUAG